AUGGCAUUUGAAGGUGAAGUGACAGAAAACAAACAGCUUCCCCCCUUUCCAGACAAGAUACAGCAACCUCAAGACUAUGCUGAAUAUUGGACAAUGGACAGAGUCAUACGAUGGCUUGAUGUGAAUGACUUCAAGCCUGCUAUUGACGUAUUCAAAGCUAAACAUAUUUGUGGAAGAGUGUUUCUGGACAUUGAUAUGUCUUAUUUGAUGACUUUUCAAAACGAGUUGGUACUCUCUUAUACAGAGAAACGUAAGCUUGCACAUGCCAUAAAAGCACUUCGAGCAACCGAAGAUCACUAUCAGAUCAACAAUGUCAAUAAUCUGCCUCGCUCAGCAACGAAUAACCGCUUCAACAAUGGCUCGAGAUAUGCUAUACCAACCAAUGCAGAUAGACUACCGACAUCUGAAUCUGUCAUUCCGUUGAUCCCAGAGAGAAAAUCAUCGAAUAACGAGCAAGUGUUGGAUUGGAUGAAGUCAUUUAAUAUACCAAAGCGUCCAAUUGUUGCAACAACCAAUGUACGCACAAGCAAUCGACCGUCUAUUCCAGCUAGCACAAGUCGCUAUCCAAUCAGUCCAAGCAGCCCACGAGUCGCAGAGAGCGAUGGCACAUGGAAGUUUGUGAGAAGAAGGCCAGGCGUCUCUAACAGCAACUCAUACAUGGAUCACCCUGUUCAAAUUACUCCUCCUCCUCCACCACCUCAACAGCAGCCUCAGCAGAGCAUUCAUGUCACCAAAGAUUCAGACACCUUCCACAGCUUACAUGUUACUGGAAUGCAUGAUCCUCGUCUGAUCAAAAAUUCUAUUCUCAGAAAAUUAGGAUUGGAAGGCAAAUGUGAAAGAUAUCUCUUUUUCCAUGAAAAUGGAAAGCAUUCUGAAACUGCCUUAUCAGACAGCGAAUUAUCUCAUAUAUGUCAGAUCUCAGACCAUAGCUCUACCAACAGAAUACUGGUCAAGCCUGCAGAUCAUGCAUUAGAGCAUUAUAGGUCGUAUUCUAAAGAUGGAACAAAUUGUUAUGAUUUUGCUGUACAAGGAGGUUAUCAGAGACGUUAUGUGGGCCAACAAUACACUACUACACCAACAAGCAAUAAUUACAGUAGUGAUUACGACUUAAAUGUCAAUCGAGCUCGUUAUGACAAUAGCGGCAUGGUCUCUCCUAUAAACGGAAACAGUCAAUUUACAAUCGCUUCACCUCAGGAAGGCAUGGAAGACAGCAGAGAUGACAGUGGAUACUUUGAUAAAACAGCCAGUCGAAAACAUUCGAUGGAUGCUGAUGCUGGUAUCUGGUCAACACAGCCCUACCCAGCUGCCAAUAUCAAUAAUACCACCAACAUGGAUGCAAACAGUAGAACUCCUUAUAUCACUCCUCAAUCUCAAAGAAGUAGCACCUCAUCAACGAAUGACAAAUCACACUUGUGGCCUGUUCAGAGUACUUCGGAUAUGAGUUUGGGCUCUUCGUUGGGUGAUGCAACUACAGCUGUCAAUUCUGUGAAUCCAAAUACUUUGUGGCCUGUGCAUCAAGACCAGCCUCUUCCUCCACCUCCACAACAACAGCAGCAACAUACACCUUCUUUCUGGGCUGUUCCACCAAAACAACACCCUGAGGAAACCAUCACAACGUCGCAAUCCCUGUGGGCUAUUCCUCCUUCGAACCAAAGAACAAUGAGCGAUUCUACUUGCGACCUGAAAUCGGCUGCAGCUCCGGCAUUAAACAAACCUGUCAAUAACAACACACUCACAUCCUCUGUGUCACUCUGGGCUGUUGCACCAUCCACUGUCUCGGCACCUACGCCUUCGCCAUCUCUGUGGGCCAUUGCUCCUCAACAGCAAAAGGCCGCUUCUCCUCCUCCUCCUUCAUCUCAGCAGCAAGAGGAAACCAAUCCACCAGAGUCUCCUGUUCAGCAAUUUGGUUCUGAAAACUUGAACCUACAUCCAAGCAUUUCUGCCAAGACUUAUUCUCCACCGAUGAACAAGCGAGGCGUCCAAUUUACUACCGAGGUUGACGAGGAUUCCGAACCUCAUUCUGCAGCCAGCACAGCCAGCGCACCAGCUCUGGAGGAGGGCAUUGAAAGCAUAUCCUUAUCUGAUCCUCCACUUGCUCAUCAUCACAGCCAACAACAGCUAUCCAUUGAUACAUCGUCUUCAUCUACCAUUGUUGGAGAACAUUCACCCAUUUCAUCGCCUUCAGUUCAAGCUGAAGAUGAAGAAAACUGGGCAGAACGUCCCUCUGUCGAGCGUUUGUACAAGGACAUUGACAAGUAUCUGCCUGGCCAUGACUUAGAUAAAGAAAUCAUUGUGGAACCCUCUACUACUGCUACCAUUGUCACAGCAACCCAAGCACCCACUGGAGCUACUAUCGUUGCUACUUUGCCCCCUGGUAGACGUUUAGGUGGCCAUAAGAAAUCCAUUCGUAAUGUCGCUCAUGAAGCUCACAGGAAUUGGCGUAACGCCGUGAAUGUAAUCCGUGCCAACAAUCUGAUCCGACGACGAAGCACCAAGAUGUGGCAUCGUGCAGUGGAGCAAGUGAAGCCUGGUAUGAAGGCUAAUCUUCAAUCCAGCGAUAGCAAACCUAAAUCUAAAAAACUACAAUGGAUCCGUGGUGAGCUUAUCGGAAAAGGUUCGUUUGGUCGAGUAUACCACGCAUUGAAUGUCGAGGCGGGUGAAUGGAUUGCUGUCAAGCAAGUAGAUCUACCAACCACCAAAGCAGAUUAUGCAAAUCCCCAGUUGAGGGAAACCAAAGACGCCUUGUUUCGUGAAAUUUCGCUGCUGGAGGAUCUUGACAAUGAAUACAUUGUUCAAUACCUUGGUUAUGAUGUGGACGAAGACGAAGGACAUAUCAAUAUCUUUUUGGAGUACGUUCCCGGCGGUAGUAUCGCAUCUUGUCUCAGCAAAACUGGUAAAUUCGAGGUACCCCUUGUGCGCUUUUUCACGCAACAAAUUCUCAUGGGUCUUGCCUAUCUCCAUAACCGAAACGUCUUGCACAGAGAUAUCAAGGCGGGUAAUAUCUUGUUGGAUCAGAAUGGAAUUUGUAAAAUCACUGAUUUUGGCCUCUCCAAAUUGAGUGGACAAGACAAGGCUUACGACCCCCAUUCCAACAAUUCUGUUAUGAGAGGCACUGUAUUUUGGAUGGCUCCUGAGGUUGUGAAAGGAACCAACUACAACGCCAAGGUGGACAUCUGGAGUUUGGGCUGUACAGUGAUUGAAAUGUUGACAGGAAGUCACCCUUGGCUUGAUCUCAAUAUGUUGGCUGCUUUGUACAGUCUAGGAAAGUAUCAAGCUCCACCUAUACCUGAAGAUGUUCCUGAAGAUGCACGAGAUUUUCUGAGCAAGUGCUUUACAAUUAAUCCUGAAGAUCGACCCACAGCGGAGCAGUUAUUGACUCAUCCAUUUGUUCAGCCAGAUCCAACAUUUGAAUUCAGGAAAUAUAUGAAGAAGGUUGAAAUCGAACGUAGAGCAUCCAAAAGACUACAGCCUAUUCCUGUUGAAAACUAA